AAAGGAAAAAUAACCUCAAAAUGAAUCAACUGUCAAUUUACAUCAGUCAUACAAAAUUAUAAAUUUUAUAUUAAACACGAACAUGUAGUUAAUAAAUCUUUUUCAAAAUCGUUAUUUCAGUGAUUUACCACACAGUUUUUUUAUUUUUCUUCUCUCAAAUUAAAAGAUCCAAACAUGAUCGAAUUUGAAGCUGACUAUGGCUACUAUAAGACAAUUUCAAUUCUGGGCCAGGGAUUUGACGGUAUGAUGGCUGUGCAUUUAGCAAAGCAUCUACCCACAGGAAGAAUGAUUGCCUUAAAGAGAUUCAACAUGGAUAGAAUAAAAGAGGAGGCUCAUUUAGUAGAGAGAGAAAUAAUUUUAACUCGUCAAUUACAGCAUCCAAAUAUUAUUUCAUAUUACUUAGCCUUUGUACACGCUGCUGAAGUGUGGGUAGUUAGUUCCCUUAUGGCUUAUGGGUCAUGUAAAGAUUUACUUACAAGAUAUUUUAAUGAAGGAUUACCAGAAGCUGCCAUUAUACUUAUUCUAAAGGAUGUUUUAGAGGCUUUAGAUUAUAUUCACAAAAAGGGAUUUAUUCAUAGAGCAAUAAGAGCUAGCCAUAUACUUAUAUCUGCCUCUGGAAAAGCGUGCUUAACUGGUUUAAGAUAUGCCUGCCCCAUUGUUUUAAAUGGAAAAUGGCAAAAAACGAUACAUUCAUUUCCAUCAAGUACCUCUUCUAAUUUGAACUGGUUGAGUCCAGAACUUUUAGAACAAAAUUUACAAGGUUACAAUGAAAAAUCUGAUAUGUAUAGUGUUGGAAUAGUAAUAUGUGAAUUAGCUAAUGGCCAUGACCCUUUCGCAGGCAUGUGUACAACUCUAAUGCUGACGGAAAAAGUAAGAGGUUUUGUCCCGCAAUUAUUAGACUGCCUCACCAUACCACCAGUUGAUGAUCUGGACAAUUCUGGUAUGUUAUGUCGCUUUACUUGUCUAACAUUUCAACCAGAACUUACUGUUUUAGGUGAUAGCGAACUGAGUGGUAACGUCAGACAUCGGAAAUUCAGUGAGGAUCUGCACGACGUCGCGGAUCUCUGUAUGCAAAGGGAAUCGUAUCAUCGACCUACUCCUUGUCAAUUGCUGACCCAUCCAUUGUUUAAAGCACAUAAAAAAGCGGCACCGUUGCAGGAUCUACUUAAGCCAGCUCUGCCCAUGAGCGACAGGGUUGCAUACAACACAGAUGAUGUAACAAAUUUGGAAAACAUCAAUAAACUGUCUCAAAUGGAACUCUACACCUGUGAAUGGGAUUUUUAAAAUAAUUCUCAUUUAGUCUUUAUAUUACAUACUUUAUUACAUAUUCAGUAUUGUACAAAUUAUCACAACAAAUUUUUAAAUAUAUCAAAUACAAAUUA